UAAACAAAAGAACUUUCGAAGCAGAUGGACUCGUCUUAGGACCAAGAAAUUGAAUUUCAUUGAAAAACCUCUUCUACUUCUCUUCAAUUGUUCUGCUCUUCAAUUUUCUCUGCUUUCGAUCGACAUUGUCAUAAGCUUACCAUAGCUCACUUCCUCCAAAGAUCAAACCUUUGAUCUUUGAAUUCUGUGAUUUCGGAUUACACGAAACAAUUAAGAUAUGAUUAAUCUACUGUACACAGUGAUUUUCUCGGAGAUGACGUUGAUAAUGGUGCUUAUUUUCAAGACCCCAUUAAGGAAGUUGGUGUUAAUGGUUCUUGAUCGGGUCAAACGCGGUCGCGGCCCAAUCGUCGUAAAGACGGUGGCGGGAACGGUACUUGUGGUGUUGAUAUCAAGCGUGUAUAGUAUGAUGAAGAUCCAGAAGCGUUGGAUCGAUGAAGGUGCUGUCAAUCCAACUGACCAGGUUCUCAUGUCCGGUCACCUUCUUCAGGCUACUCUUAUGGGAUUCUGUCUUUUCCUUGCUCUAAUGAUAGACAGACUACAUCAUUAUAUUAGAGAACUUCGAAUGCGGCGGAAGAGCAUGGAGGCAAUAAAGAAACAAAGUCGAGCUUUUGAGGAUGGAAAAGUAGAGGAGAGUAAAGCCAUGGAAGAAGAGAUAACUACACUGCGAGCAAAACUUAAGCAUCUGGAAUCUGAUCUGGAAAUGAAGACAAAAGAGGCUCAUGCUUCAGAAGCCAAUGCAGUAGCACUAAAGAAGCAAGCUGAAGGAUUCCUUCUCGAGUAUGACCGAUUACAUGAGGAAAACCAAAAUCUGCGGAACCAAUUGCAAUCUUUGGACUUGACAUUAUCACGAUCGGGUAGCAAGAAGAAUACUUGAGGAACCAAGCAGUUUUGCUAAAUAUUUGUUUAUAUUAUUUACCUGAAAGUCUAAAUGUGGGUUUUGUUGAUUAUAAUUUUCUAAUCUAUGCAAUGUUGUAAGUGUGAGCCCUGUGGGGAAUGAAAGACAUGCAAAAUAGGAGAAAGGACAGAAAUAGGUUUUCAUUUUCUUUGUUCAAUUCAAGAAGGGUUGAAGUUGAAAUAGAAUGGAUCAAUUUUAUCAGGAUGGAUUGUGGCAUACAUUUUUAGGACAAUUUAACUGAAUAUUAUAUGGUCAACUUCUUCUUCUUAUU